AAUUAUUUUUUACCAAAAUUUCUAAAACAAUAAAGCUUUACUGAAUUGUAACAACUCUGAGCUCCGCUAAAUGUACUCGAGACAUCUUCCUGAUCCACACUCGAUGAAGGCUAGCGUAGAUACUGCCCAAUUUAGGCUUUUCCUUUGGAUUUCAAUGGCAGUUAGUACGAGGAACCUGUGGUAUUGUCUUUUGCACAACAAAAUCUCAAUCAAGACAAUUAUCGCCUCCAUCAUGCAUGGCCAACAAAAACAUAUGGUAAAAUGCCAUCAAUUUAUACUUUAAACACCCAUCUCGCUUCUCUCUUCCUACGCUAUACCUCCGUCUUAAUAGCUUUGAAAUUCUUUCUGCUAUCUUCUUCUCUAUUUGAAAUGCCUACUGGUGCCAUCACUUCAACUCUUGCUUAUAUGAUGGUCAAGUUAUACUCGACGAAGCCAUCAAAGCAAUACGAAAAUUAUCUGCUUACAGAUUCGUGUAAAUUCUGCUUUUUUGAGAUAAACCACUGCUUUUCAUAUUUGUUCUCCUUUAAAUAUAUCCCCCUUUUUGAUAAGUCUAAUUGUUUUGCAAUUGGCGAUUGAUAGAGACAUUUCGGAUAUAACAUGUCUUAGUAAGGACUGCUUUUCUAGUUCUACAAAACACACUUAAAG